AAGAAUUGUGUAUCUGACGUCACUUCCCGUGCUGCGCAGAAGAAGACGCAGACAACAUGGCGGCGGUAGAGAAGUCCACUAAAGAUCGUCUCCUCUCAGUUCUGGAGGAUCUGGAGGUUUUAUCUCGGGAGCUGAUCGAGAUGUUGGCGCUGUCCCGGAGCCAGAAGCUUCCGCAGCCUGGGGAGGACAUCCGGGUCCUGGAGCUGCUGGUGCAGAGGGACCAGGAGCUCCAGGACCUGAUGGAGGUGGCUCAGCAGCAGGGGAAGGUUCAGGAGGAGAUGCAGCUGCUGGAGAAGGAGGUGGAGAAGAGAGACAGCGACAUCCAGCAGCUGCAGAAACAGCUGAAGGAGGCCGAGCACAUCCUGGCGACUGCAGUGUACCAGGCGAAGGAGAAACUGAAGUCCAUCGACAAAGCCAGGAAGGGGAGCAUCUCCUCAGAGGAAAUCAUAAAGUACGCUCACAGGAUCAGCGCCAGCAACGCCGUGUGUGCGCCGCUCAACUGGGUCCCCGGUGACCCCCGCAGGCCGUACCCCACGGACCUGGAGAUGCGCAGCGGCAUGCUGGGUCACAUGGCCAACCUGCCGACCAAUGGGGUGAACGGACACCUGCCGGGAGACGCCCUCGCUGCCGGGAGGCUUCCAGACGUCCUGACCCCUCACUACCCGUGGCAGUCUUCAGAUGUUUCCGUGUCGAUGCUUCCUCCUCACCACGGCAACGACUUUGGCCUGGAGCCUCCGGGUCACAACAAGGAGAACGAGGACGACGUGGAGGCCAUGUCCACCGACUCGUCCAGCAGCAGCAGCGACUCCGACUGAACACACAGAGAAAGUGUGUGAGAAAGUGUGUGUGUGUGUGUGUCAGAAAGUGUGUGUGUGUGUGUGUCAGA